GACCGCACAAGGUGGGGGGGCAGGCAAAAUACGGAAGAACGGAAGGCCGAAAUAGGAUGUUGACGAACAAAAUUGACAGCGCACACCGUAAAAUGGAACCCACAGCCAGGGUUCGAAGGAGGUGUUGGCUCUAGCAGACAUCUGGCCCCUUGCUCGGCCUUUUUCGACCUAUCUUGACGUUGCUUUCAUCCCGACAGUCUGGUACCGCGAUGGAGAGGUUGAAAUUGGACCCGGAUUGAGGUUUUUUUGCAACAACCAUGGAGUAACACCGACAUGACCGUGCCGCUGCACAACGCCCGACCAACAGUCCUUGGCAUGGCUUUUGGCCUGGCACGAAAGCAUUGCGAGCGAAAUGGGCCGUUCUGUGCAAGAUACCCGCAAGUCCAGUUCGGGACACGACGAUCCACCCAUUCGAUUCCACCGUUCAUUCAAGAGCCGGUCGAUCUACUUGGUCUCGAUGCUGUUCCGAAAUAUGACGAGACCGCCUUACGGCUCAAAAGAAUCAUCGAGAGCAUGGCGCCCGAGAAGACUCGUUCCAGGUCCCCCUACCCAAAUGACCGAACAUGGGUGAGCUCGGCAAUGCGCAAGAGACGGAUGAUGGCGAUCAAGAGAAACAAGAUCGAUGGAUUCUGGGACGGCUCAGUGUACAUCCCCGACGGGGAAUCGCUGCCGGAAAACACGAACGACGUGAUUCAAGACGUUUGGUGGAGGCAGGUUGUGUCCAAUGGCAAGCUUGCUCUGAGACCAGCGAGACAAAGGAAGCAGCCGGCCAAGGCGAAGCCGUGCAAGGACACGAAGCCAGCACCGAGGGUGACCGGACGUCGAGGUCGUGACAACGUUUGUACUGAUGAGCCCGCGAUUGGAUUCCGAAAUGAUGCCUCACUCGACGCUUGUGCGGAUAAUGCUGUUCGCGGUGUUGACAGUAUCGACGGCCAUAUCAGCGACAACGGCAACGGCAAUGGCAACGGCAUAGGAUUAUUUAUUUAUUUACUUAUUUAUCUGGGUAAAACUGAUGCAAAUGUGGUUGUUCCAUGCUGCGACCUCUUCAACGAACAAUGGCUUGUCGCCAUCCAGACGCCCGCCGACUGGCUCAUGUCGAGUCUAUUGGAUCCCAUGACUUGCGGUGGAUACCCCGUUCAUAAUCAGAUUCAUAACAUGAAAAUGGCCUUUCCGGAUAAGCUUGCAACAUUCAUAGUCGCAGUGCGACUUCGUGGAAUAAUAGGGCCCGGUUACUGGCUGUUGUGUUUGAUUGGUAACCAACUGCACGUGAACACCAAGUUCCAAAAGUCCAAAAAUCGCCGUCGUUGGGUGUUUUCUGGAGGCGAUCGCGGCCUGUCCUGCGAGCAAUCGAGCCCUGACACAAUGAGCAUCCAAGACCUGGCGGAGACUCACUGCAAUACUAUGCAACAUGCCACACAACAGCUUGAGCAUCCAAGGCUCGAUACUACCUCACCGCAGGAGGAACGGACUGCUCGUCCUGCCGUGCGACGCGCAAGGCGGGGUGCCAGGGGACGGGGUCCCGGCAAACGCCUCAGCAUGAGAGAUGCUUUCGUUGACGGAAGCACCCUGCUCCGAGAAGCGGCCAGGCUUGCGAGGUUCGACGGCAUUUCUCUAGACUUGUGCUUUUGGGACCAGGGCUGCUCGUCAUGGGUUGAGGUACGUCUGGUGGUGGCCGUUUACCAACACUACCCGAUAACUGACUAUGUCCUAAAGUUCGAGGAUGGGAGAGCGAGAUUCCAAAAAUCGUUGCGCUCUCUACAUAAUAGAUUGGCCAAAUACGUCGAAGCAUAUGGUGUCCCUUGUCGUUUCAAAUGUUUCGACCCGUUCAAGGAACAAUGGCUUGUCACUAUCGGGGCGCCUGCCGGCUGGCUCAUGGAUUCUCAGGAUUGGAAACGCGCACUGCUUACGAAGCCUGAAUAG